AUGGCUGUCGACUCGCAAGCCAUCCGCCUGGCGUUCCUUCUCGAGCCAAGCCACAGCGUCAGCAGUUCGGAUGGUUUUGAUUAUCUUGGAACCCGACGGUUUCUCCUGAAGACCAAAGCUCAAGACGCGACCCUCCAGCGACACCACUGGCAGCACGUAUCAGGGGUGGGCUACGCCGAUUUCCGCGCCUUCCUGCGCGCUCAGCGGGACACGUGGCGGCAGGAGCGCGAGGCAAGCAGGGAGGAGGAGAGGCGCGCAGCACCCGCAGCGCCCUAUGCUGACGUGGCACCUUCAGAAGCUACAGCAGGGCGGAAGGCUCAAGGGAAGGUCGAUAUGGGGGAGGUCAGCAUGGGGGAAGAGGUUGAUACGGGGAAGGCUGGUUCCGAGGAGGUUGUGGGGGGGUUGGGAACGGUUCAGAUGGACGGGAUGACAGUGGCUGAUGUCCGCGGGGAAGAAGCAGGGUCGGAAGAAGACGGGUCAGAAGAACGUCUAACGAAGUCUGCAACUGCUGCUGUAGCAGCAGCGCUUGGAAAGUCAGAGCCUGCGCCAGCCACUCAACCAGUAACAACCGCGCAUGCUGCUGCUGCGUCUUCUAAGGCUGCUGCUCCCACCUCUGAUGGGGCUGAGGAGCACAGAGAAAGCGGAAUACAGGAGGAGGUGGCGAUACGGGUAAGCGCAGCCAGUGGCGCAGGUGCUGGUGUCUCUUCUGGCAUGGACGCGGAGAGAGGAGAUGAGGGAGGUGGGAGUGAAGGUGCAGCAUUAUCAUCUGUAGCAGCAGCGGAGGAGGAAGAAGCGGAGGGAGCAGGAGCAAAGAAAAGAGACGGAGGAGCAGGGGCGGCACCAUCAGCAGCGUCGUCGUCAGCUGUAUCAGCAGAAGCAGCGGCAGUAGAUCAAGACAACAAGUCCAGGAAGUCGUCAACGGCAGUGGCAGCAUCGGACAAUAAGCAGCAGCAGGACGGCAAGCAGCAGGAUAACCAGCACAAGGACAGAAAGCAGGACGAGAGCAAGCAGCCGCCGUCCCCUCCGUCCCUCCCUGCUGGCUUCACCUCCUCCAUCUGCAGCGUUCCCCCAGAGGCUUCUCGCAAUGUUCUUCCGCCUCCGCCUCCUCGCACUGGCCCUGCCAAGACAGCAGCGGCAUCAGGCGAAGCGGAGGGGAAGAAGGGAGCGAGGAGAGGGAGCGACGGGGCAGGGAGCGAGGGGGUGAACAAGGUGCAGUUCGCCCGGCACCACCCCGACCUGCUCGCCUACGGGGCAACGGAUGGCACGCUGCGGCUGUGCUAUGUGCCGUGCAGCCGGGGGGGCAGUAAGGCAGGCGGCGCAGGGGGGAAGAGGGGUGGUAUGGGUGUGGCGCGAGUGAAGCACGAGCUCAAGGGGCACACCAAGGAGGUCACCGAUUUUGAUUGGUCCACGGAUGACGACUACCUGUGCUCGUCAUCCGCAGACAAGAGUGUGCGCGUGUGGGACGUGGGGUCGGGGCAGUGCCUUCGCAUCAUCUACACACUCAUUCCGCAGACCUGCAUCAUCUUCCACCCGCAAAACAACAACUUCCUAGUCGUAGCAAACAGCAAGAAGGAACUGACAGUGAUGAAUUUCAGCACGGGGCGAGUGGUGAGCCGCGUGGCCAUGGACAGCAACGUCACUGCCCUUGUCGCCGACCGAACCACCUCAGCUACACCAGCAGGUUCUGCCUCCACCAGCGAUGGAGGAGGAGGAGUAGGAGGAGUAGGAGGAGUACGAGGAGGAGCAACGAGCAAGGCUGGAUCAGCUGCUGCAGCGGCGGCGGCGGCGGCGGGGGUGGGGAGUGGUGGGUUCGGAGGGGGAGCAGGGGAGGCGGACAGGGUGGUGUUUGUGGGCGACAGUGAGGGCGCCAUUCACAGCUUCACCGUGGACAAGCAGUCGGGCGCUCUCCAGCGCCGCCACAAGACCGUUGCCGGGGUCGUGCACCCGGCACCAGUGGCUUCGCUUCAUUUCAGCCCCACGUCUGUGCUGGCGAAUGGACCCGUGCUGCUGGCAUGCAGCAAGGAUGGCUGUGUGCGCUUCUACACCACCGCUCUGGAGCUGAACGGCUACCUCUUCCUCAAGAUCUCGCUGCAGCUCUCCUCUCGAGCCACCAACAUGAAUGCUGCCUUCUGCCCCCCACUUGGUCCCUCCGGGUCGGGGGAAUAUAUCGGUGAGUCUGGAGGGCAUCCUAUAGUGUUUUCCUAUAGUGUUUUCCUCGGGGUCGGGGAAUAUAUCGGUGAGUCUCGCAUGUUGUCUGUCCACCCCCUUCCCUCACUUCAACAUAUUCCUCCAGUAGUGGACCUUCCUGCUGCUCAUCGCGUCGUUCUCUUCACACAGUUCCCACUACUCCGUUCCCAUUCUACUCUUCCCAUCCUGCCCCCACUGUCGCUGCUCUCAUGUCACUGUCCCCAUGCCGCUCUUCCCAUGCAUGCAGUGACGGGCAACGCGGACCACAACGUGCACUUUUAUGACUUCAUGAAGCCUCCACUGCUUGUUAUGCUGACAACUGGAUUCAUCUUCCCUCUUUCCCCAUCCCGCUGUCCCCGUGCUGCCCCCGUGCCACUGUCCCCAUGCCGCUCUUCCUGUGCAUGCAGUGACGGGCAAUGCGGACCAUCACGUGUACUUCUACGACUUCAUGAAGCCGCGCAGUCCGCUCGUGGCCCGCGUGCCGGUGAGUUUGACGGCGACUUUUGA